AUGCAUUAUGAUGAUCUUGGGAUUCAACAGCAUGGAAUAUCAAUCAAAAACAGAACAAUAUUGAUAGAAUCAAAAAGAAUGGCUGAAUAUCAAUGUCAACGACGAACACACUUCAACACGAAUCAUAUGAUCUUCUCCAAUGAUAUCAAAAGAACCGUUAGCAAUGGAAACACCGAUAUUGUUGAUUUUAAUUUGACCAUCGAAAAAGAAAGUAUGGCACAUUUAACAGCUUGUCCAGAGACCAAUACAGAUGAUGAUCGUCAGCUUGUGUCUUUUACAAAUAAACUACCCUAUUAUGUAAGACAUCUAUGCAAAUCUACCAAUAAAAAUAAGACAACAGCGGUCACAGCAAAGUCAAAAGAUCAGAAUUUGUCAUCUGAAGUGGAUUCAAUACAUCUAAAUGAGAAACCUCGUCAAUCUGUAGCCGUUUUUUCACUCUCGUCAUCCUCGUCUUCAUCGUCAAUAAACGAACCAAUCGGAAUAUCAUCCAUAAUGUCAACACGUAUUCUACCAGUCGGAUAUUAUCAUGAACAAGAACAAAAUGCCUCGAUAAAAUCAAAUCAGAAUACAUCGACAGCUACACCAUCGACGUCAUCGUCGAUAAUGAAAUGUUUCAAUAGUUAUCGUGAGCAAAUGCCAUUCACUUCAAGUUGUUCAUCAUCGUCUUCGUCGGCAUCGUCGUCAACAUCGACAGAGCCAUCGGUGAAAAACGAUUUUCUGACAUCAUUCAAAUCGGCUGGUCAUUAUCUUCCCACAGUCGAUUCUUUAACAAUUGAACAAAAUCUAUUUAAUAUGGUUCGUUUUGAUAUUGUCAAAUCCAAUUUUUGUGAUUAUUAUCAACUGGGAGAAUUUGUUCGAAGUGGAGGAUUUGCAGAUAUAUACGAAGGCAUUCGUUUAAGUGAUAAUAAGAAAGUUGUCGUGAAAUUUAUUCCAAAGGAAAAGACGAAGAAUUGGUUAAUGGUCAAUCAAAAGAAAUAUCCAGCAGAAGUUCUAUUACAUAAAGCUGUGCAUGAAAUUCAAGGAGUUAUUCAUGUUUAUGAUUAUUUUGAGAAUGCUGAACAUUGGGUGUUGGUCAUGGAACGUUUGAUCAAUUGUCAAGAUCUAUUCGAUUAUUUGGAAGCAAGCGAUCAAGGACGACUUAAUGAAGCUACAGCGAAGAAAUUUUUUCAACAAUUAGUUCAAAUUAAUUUAGCUAUGUUAAGGAAAGGCGUUGUUCAUCGUGAUCUUAAAAGUGAAAAUAUUCUCGUGGAUCUCGAUACUCAAUCACUUGUAUUAAUUGAUUUUGGUGCUAGUGCCAUAUACAAAUCACCAGUAACACAUUACUCAGAUUUUCAUGGAACGAAACAAUACAAAUCACCUGAAUACAUUCUUCGAAAGCGUUAUAGAGGAGUACCAUCAACUGUUUGGACACUCGGAGUAUUGCUAUACGAUAUGGUCAAUGGCGGCUUGCCAUUUGAGAACGAAGCGGAAAUAACUGGACAUAAAUUAGUAUUAAGAUCGCAUAUAUCAGCUGAUCUGAAAAAUUUAAUUCAACGAUGUUUAGCACACAAUCCUGAUCGACGACCAUCUUUAGAAGCAAUACUAGAACAUAGUUGGAUUAAAAGUUAA